AUGAAAGUUUUUGAAAAUCAAUCAUGGGUGGCAAAACCAAAAUCAUCAGUUGAAGAGAAAAAGAUGGAGAAUGUUUUGAAAACUGAACCAAAAGUUUUUAAAGAUGAUGUUGAUAAACUUGAAUUUGAACUUGAUAAGCUACAUGAAGAGUUUCCACCGAUUAAGAAAGAAGAGUUAAAAUCAAAAGCCAAAACUGAUGUUCCAAAUGUCAUUUUUAACAUUCCGAAAGUUGAAGUGGAUUGUGAUCUUGUGUUUGAGAUUGUGCAGGGGCUGCCGAGUUCAAUAAUCUCAAAGUGGAUCAUGGACAGCGGAGCUUCAAGGAACAUGACCGGAAUGCUAGCAUUACUCUAUGACGUCAAAUCUAUCAACGGAGGAUAUGUGGGAUUUGCUGGGAAUCAGGGUGGCAGGAUAGAUGGUCAAGGAACUUUAACGAAUGGAGUUGUGUCAUUUGAAAAAGUGAACUACAUAAUAGAACUUGAAAACAAUCUGCUGAGUAUCUCAUAG